AUGAGCCGGCCUGUGCUGUGUCUGGGUCCCUUGCCCCUCCGAUGCACGGUGGGCCAGCACCUAGCCGUCCUGGGUACACCCACACCUCUGGAGGUCACUCCACAGACCCGUAUCCUCCACUGCCCUAGCUCUGGGAAGCCUGAACAUUCCUGGAAACAGGCUCUCUUCUUGCUGUCCCCCUCCCCUGCCCAGUACCCUUCAGUGGUUCCCCACUGUCCUCUAGAUGAAGACCUUGUUCUCCCAGUAGCCCACAAGGCCCCACCUCAAAUCUCCCCCUCCCCUCCCAGGGCCACACUCAUUGUCUCCCUCAUCCUCCUGGAGAACACAGACAUGCUAAUCCCGGUCCCCCAGCACGUCCACUUCAGGCUCUGGGUCGAAGCCAUCCAGGUGGACAAACUGGGGCAUCAGCUCCACACCUGCUCCCAGCCACACAGCUGCCACAUCACCUCGCAGUUGGACAGUUCUGGGCUCUGCGUCCCCUGCAGCUUCUCAAGGGCGGGAGCCAUCUGUCGCCGUCCAUCCACAGCCCGGCCGGACCCCUACUGGGAGCCGCCAAGAAGGCUCCAAAUAUACAAAGGGAAUUGGGGGGACACGCCCCCUGGCGGCGGUGCCCAGAGCCUGCGCGGGACCCCGGUGCAUGAGCGCUGGGUUGGACCCUCCAACCUGCGCAUUCCGGCUGAGGCCAUCCCCGCCUCCCUUCCUUCCUCCUCUGCCUUCCCCACCCCUCUCCCCGGCAGCCCCCACCCCGUGUGCUGGCCCGUGGAGCAGAAGCCACAGUCACUUCCUGAAGGCAGCAGCCCCAGCUCGGGUCCCAAUCGCCCGGUGGCCCAUCACCUGCCCGCAGCCAUGGAGGGCCAUCAGGACUUCCGGAGCCUCCAAGCAAAGUUCCAAACCUCUCAGGCCGAGCCCAGUGAACUCCCCAGAAAACCCCCGAAGCCUGACUUCAACAAGCUCAAGAAGUUUCCUCAACCUGAGCUAAGCGAGCAACCCAAGAAAUCCCUGCAUCCUGAGUUCGGUGCAGUGUCCUUGAAGCCUCCGCAGCCUGAGCUCGCUGACCUCCCCAAGAAGCCUUCCAAACCUGAGUUCAGUGAAGUCUCCAAGAAGUUCCCACAGUUCGAGGCCACUCAGUUUCCCAAGAAGCCCCCACAGCCCGAGUUUGCCGACCUCCCCAAGAAGCCCCCGCAGCCCGAGUUUGCCGACCUCCCCAGGAAGCCCCCACAGCCCGAGUUUGCCGACCUCCCCAGGAAGCCCCCGCAGCCCGAGUUUGCCGACCUCCCCAGGAAGCCCCCACAGCCCGAGUUUGCCGACCUCCCCAAGAAGCCCCCGCAGCCUGAGUUUGCCGACCUCCCCAGGAAGCCCCCGCAGCCCGAGUUUGCCGACCUCCCCAGGAAGCCCCCGCAGCCUGAGUUCAGUGAACUCUCCAAGAAGUUCCCAAAACUCGAGGCCACUCAGUUUUCCAGGAAGUCCCCGCAGCCUGAGGUUGAUGAGGCCCCUCGGAAGGCCUUGCUGCCGGAGCCCAGCACACUUGUCCCCAAGCCCCUGCAGCCGGAGUUCAGCAAACCUGCCAAGCCCCCCUCAGAACCCAAAUUCAGCGCAUUCCCCAGGAAGUUCCCACAGCCUGAGUCCAGUGAGACCACCCUGAAGCCCUCGCAGCACGAGUUCAGUACCUUUCCCAAGAAUCCCCCGCAGCCCCAGGUCGGAGGCCUCCCUAAGAAGUCCCUGCCGCAGCUGGAGUCCAGUGAAGUCCCUCAGAUGCCCCCCUGGAAGCCUGAGCCCAGUGAGCCCCACCCCCACUCCCCGAAGCCUGACUUCAGUGAAUUUCCCAAGAAGCCCCCACAGCCUGAGUUCCAUGUGUACCCUAAGAAACCCCCGCAGCCCCAGGUCGGAGGCCUCCCUAAGAAGUCCCUGCCGCAGCUGGAGUCCAGUGAAGUCCCUCAGACGCCCCUCUCGAAGCCUGAGCCCAGUGAGCCCCACGCUCACUCCCCAAAGCCGGACUUUGGUGCCUUACCCAAAAAGGCCCCACAGCCUCUUCUGGGUGACCUCCCCCAGAAGCCCCUGCAGCCCGCGUUUGGAGACCUUACAAGGACGUCCUCGGAGCCUGAAGUCAGUGUGCUUCCUAAGAGGUCACGGCAGCCCGAAUUCAAAGUGCCUUCCAAGAAGCCCCCUCAGCAGCCUGAGCUGGGCGGACUCCCCAGGACGUCCUCGGAGCCCGAGUUCAAUUCUUUCCCCAGGAAGUUUCUGCAGCCGGAGCACCGAGGGCCACCCCGCAAGUUGUCACAGCCUGAGCCCAAUGCUCUGCUCAAGAGGCACCAGCAGACCGAGCUCUUCGGUGACCUCCGUAGAAAGCCCCUGCUCCCUAGCUCGGUUUCGGAGAGCUCACUGCCCACUGCCGUUGCGGGCUCCAGCCACCGGCUUCUGUUCAGCCCUGGGUUUGGAGCCCCCGGCACACCUCGUUGGAGGUCAGGAGGCCUCAAACCCGGCCAACCACCCCGGAGGAGGCCUCUGCCCUCUGUCAGCAGCCUGGGACCCCCUCCAGCCAAGCCUCCGCUGCCCCCAGGCCCCUUAGACAUCCAGCGCUUCUGGAGACCACCCAGGGCAGCCGCAGAUCUACGCAGGACCCGCUCUUCUGCGGGGAUCCAUUUCCAGGCCCGACAGCCCGAAGUGCCCCCACAGGACCCGGAUGAGAUCUACGAGAUGUACGACGACGUGGAGCCCACAGAUGACUCUGGCCCCAGUCCCAGGGGCAGAGGAGAAAUGCCACUGACCCAGCAAGCCGCCAGGAGGCCGCCACAAGACCCGGCACCCAGGAAGGAGAAGGCCUCCCAGCCACAGCAGGUGCCGCCCACGGACCCAAAGUUGCUGAAGCAGAUCAGGAAGGCAGAGAAAGCCGAGAGAGAGUUCCGGAAGAAGUUCAAGUUUGAAGGGGAGAUUGUGGUUCACACGAAGAUGAUGAUCGACCCCAACGCCAAGACCCGGCGCGGGGGCGGCAAGCACCUGGGCAUCCGGCGCGGGGAGAUCUUGGAGGUGAUUGAGUACACCAGCAAGGAGGAGAUGCUGUGCCGGGACCCUAAGGGCAAGUAUGGCUACGUGCCCAGGACAGCCCUCCUGCCCCUGGAAACGGAGGUGUACGACGACGUUGGCUUCUGGGACCCUCUGGAGAGCCAAGCACUGCCCCGGGGACCGUGAAGCUGCAGAUGUGGGCACCCAGGACAGCCGGCAGCCCAGCACCCAGGAGCCCCACAUCCCGGUUUGGCAAAGUCACAGGGAUGCCCAGGCUCCCGUAUGGCCACAUAAAACCCCUCUUUAAAGCAA